AUGACGCUGCGGGGUUACCAAAGGGUCGUUACAAAUUCAAAAACCUAUCGGGCCAAUUUGGCAUUUGAGUUCCUCCCUGGAGUUAAUGACUACAAGGUUGUGAGGAUUUUGUGCUCUUGGGGUGGUGACAUUCGUAUACCCGACAUCGUGACUGGAGCUGAGGUUUAUAGUCUAAGCACGGAUUCUUGGAGAAUAAUUGAUGGUGCCUCUUCAUAUUUUUUUGCUGAUCAGUUACCUGCAAUUGGGAAUGGAGCUGCGUAUUGGGUUGCAAUGAAGAGAACUGAUGAGGGUUUUUGUUGUUUACUUGUGCGUUUUGAUAUGGGUGAUGAAGUUUUUGAAGACAUAAUGCUGCCAAAUGGUGCUACACAUGGUUGUUGUCCGCACAUUGCAAUUAUGGGGGAAUCACUGUAUCUUUUCCCAUUUCAUUCGAAUGAGUGUUGCCACUUGUGGACAAUGGAGUGUGGCAACAUGGGUUCGUGGACAAAACGAUUUACUCUCAACUUCCAAGACCCACCUUUAGAGCUACUAGGCUUGAGAAAGAGCGGUGAACUGCUACAAGUAAACCGCAAGAGCGAUUUGGGUCACUGCUUGUUGUUAGGUCGCUGCUUGUGUUGGGUUGCCGUUGCCGUCGGUAUGUGCUCGCUGGAUCUGUUAAAUUGUGAGGAAGACAAGGAUUGUGAUGCAGCUAUUUACCAGGAACAUCUCAAGAAGCAUUGA